AUGUCAUCCCUCGUCAAGGAGGACUUGGAGAAGAAACUGUUUAAGCCGCUCUCGCAGAAUCUGUACGAGUUCAUCCAAAUAGAGCUCUCGGUCCACGACAGGUACUACCUCUGUGUGUCAGUGACCAAAAAUGAAGAAGUGAAAAUAAUUAUAGUGAAACACUACAGAAUAGGUUUAGAUGAAAAAUAUGAAGUAACAAAAAAGUGGUCUUUGAGUGAUCUGCAGAUGAUUGAUGGAAAAGAAGCAGAUACUGACAAUCCAUUUUUUGACCUGCACUUCAAGAAAGUGUACAGUUUGGAAGCAUAUAGUUGUGCUUCUAAAUAUUCCUUUGCUCGAACUGUAAAUAAGCUGAAUCAUGCAUAUCUUAAGAAGGAAUUACAGAUCGUGAACUUUGAUUCUACUUACAUUAAUGAUGAUUCUAUUUGGUCCUCCAACAACAAGGAUUGCUUAGUUCUUAUGAGAAUAUGCUUUUAUGCUUUCAACCUGCUGUGCCUGUCCCUCUGUCCCCUGCCACUCUGA